AUGGCUGACGAGGAUCCAGCAAUCCAGGCUGACAUCCAGGCGGAAUGCGGAGAAUGCUAUGGGGCAUUUGAGCAGUGCCUCAGUGACCUCAAUGCUCAGCUGGCCACAACCACAGACCAUCCUCCUGCACAGCCAGUCCAUCCGUCUCUCUCGCCGAUGUCCGCCGAGGACAAAUCCUCACUAUGUGGACGGACGUCGAGGCCGAGUAUAAGGAUUGCUCCGCGAGAUACAAAAAAUAACUUAAGUUUACAUCAUUUGAAUUUCCAGCCGUGGCAAAAUAAUUGCGUAAUUAAUGAAGACUCUGCCGCUCCAAAUUUGUAUAUUCGUUGGCAAAGUGUGCUAUCGUGUGUUAACGUCAAUGUCAAAAAGAAAAAUAGGUCGAAUAAAGCUGAAAACGAAAAUAACACCAGAGCUGUCGAGGAUGCUGCUGAAGACGAAAUCGCAGCGAGAAAAGUUAAGCUCAACAUGGAAAUGGACAGUGUGGAUGGUGUCAGCAGAGCUGGAAAAAUUGUGGCUGGAGCCAGUAGCAAGAAGGAGAAGCCGUCAUUAGCAUCUCUAAUGAAGACGAGAAUGUUACCAUGAAGGAGAUAUCCGGGGGGAUUCGGUCAUUGAAUGCCACCAUCUAGUCGGCAAAUGAUUCAAUGGCCAUGGGUGAACGCAUGUGCAUUAGGCUGGGCCAAAAAAUUUUUUUUCGAAAUUCAAACGGGACACCCCCUAGUUUUUUUUACCUUGGA